GUUGGAUACACGGGUUGGCCAGGUUGAAAGAGAUAUUGAUGCAUGGAAACGCACAACUGGUGGUAAUCAGAUUAGAAUGAUUAAGGACUUUAAAAAGUUUGAGUCGUCACUGAAAGAAGAACUGACCGGAACAUUCGUCCCUACCCUGAUAAGGCGUCUAGUCAACCAAGCUAUUACUGACAUCCUGACAGAAAAGUAUAUUAGCAAUAUUAUCAGCCGACGUGUUCUCCAUGAAGUUGACAGCCUGAAAGCUGACUUCAUGACGCUGAAUACACGUUGUGUGAUGAUGAGAAACGAGGUUGAAUCGUGCAUGGAUGGCCUACAGAAAAUCCAGCAGAAGUUACCCACAGACAUGCAGAGUUUAACCUCUCAACUGAACCAGACCAAAGAAGAUCUGCUUGAUACAAAGGAAGUAAUCAGUGGACUUACAGAGGACUUUAUUACGCUGAAUACAAGUUGUGGUAUGAGGAAAGAGGUAAAACCUAGUGAUGGAAAUGAAGGUUCGUCAUUGUCGCAGGUGUCACCCACGACUCCAACCACGACGUAUCCUGGAACUACAACAGCCCCGACUAAUACGAGCCCGAGAAAGACGGUUCCACCAGUGACGACACAAGACUCUGAUCUACACGCCUCGACUGAUCCGAACCCGAGCAAGACGGUUCCACCAGUGACGACACAAGACACCGAUCUACACGCCUCGACUGAUCCGAGCCAGAGCAAGACGGUUCCACCAAAGCCAGUGGCGACACAAGAGUCUUAUCUAUGGGCAACAGACCGCGACCUCUACUCCGCCAGCAGGGACGGUGACCUGGAGAGAGUGAAGCGGAUCCUGGUAGCGGGUAACGUGGACAUCAACACUAGAGGAGGAUGGAGCAGCACAACACCGGUGAUGGAGGCGGCACUCAGGGGUCACAGACAUGUGGUGGCGUUCCUGGUGGGUAGAGGGGCUGAUGUGUCACUGGUGGACAGGGACGGUGACAACGUCCUUCACUUGGCCUGUAUAGAUGGAGACUGGGAGACCGUGAAGCUGAUCCUGUCCCUGAACGUGGUUGACAUCAACGCCAGGAACAACAACGGGUGGACAGCGGCCUUCUGGGCGAGACGCGGGAGACAUAAGCGAGUGUUGGAUCUCCUGGUGUCACGUGGUGCUCACUGAAGUCAGUGUGGUGUUGGUGUGGACAGAGACGGAGCACAUGUCGUUACUGACACUGACGAGGUGUGU